AUGGCGGAUCGUUACAUCCCGGAACAUCGUCGGACUCAGUUCAAGGCCAAGAACACCUUCAAGCCUGAAGAGUUGAGACGCCGUCGCGAGGAGCAGCAAGUCGAGAUUCGCAAGGCCAAGAGAGAAGAGAAUCUAGCAAAGAGAAGAGGCAUCACUGGUGCGGAUGGUUCUCGACCUGGCGCUGCUCUAGGCGCAGAGCCGGACAGUGAUGACGAUACCGCGCCCACCGAGAGUCAGUUGAACGAAGACCUCCCACAAAUGGUGGCAGGUGUUUUCUCGGACCAAAUCGAUCUCCAAAUCCAAGCUACCACGAAAUUCCGAAAGCUACUUUCUAAAGAACGAAACCCCCCUAUUGAAGAAGUAAUCAAGACUGGAGUCGUUUCUCGUUUUGUUAUUUUCCUCCGCUCCCCUCACACUCUCGUCCAAUUUGAAGCCGCAUGGGCCCUUACAAAUAUUGCUUCCGGAUCCGCACAACAAACACAAGUUGUCAUUGAGGCCGGUGCCGUACCGAUAUUUGUUGAGUUACUGGGCAGCCAUGAACCCGAUGUUAGGGAGCAGGCUGUUUGGGCUUUGGGAAAUAUUGCUGGCGAUAGUCCAUCAUGCCGGGAUUACGUUUUGAGCUGUGGUGCUCUCAAGCCACUUUUGAACCUUCUAGGUGAUAGCCGCAAGCUGAGCAUGCUCCGCAAUGCAACAUGGACCCUCAGUAACUUUUGCCGCGGCAAGACCCCGCAACCCGAUUGGAAUACCAUCUUGCCUGCCCUACCAGUUUUGGCAAAGCUCGUCUACUCCUUGGAUGAUGAAGUCUUGAUCGAUGCUUGCUGGGCAAUCUCCUAUCUUUCUGAUGGAGCUAAUGAUAAGAUCCAAGCUGUUAUUGAAGCCGGAAUUCCCCGUCGUCUUGUAGAAUUGCUCAUGCAUGCAUCUACAUCCGUCCAAACCCCGGCCCUUCGCUCCGUUGGCAACAUUGUCACAGGUGAUGAUGUUCAAACCCAAGUCAUCAUCAACUGCGGUGCCCUCCCUGCCCUGUUAUCCCUUCUAAGCUCUGGCAAGGAUGGUAUCCGCAAGGAGGCUUGCUGGACCAUCUCCAAUAUCACCGCUGGAAACUCUACUCAGAUCCAAGCUGUCAUCGACGCCAAUAUUAUCCCACCUUUGAUCCAUCUUCUCUCCAACGGUGACUUGAAGACCCGGAAAGAAGCCUGCUGGGCCAUUUCAAACGCUACUUCUGGUGGUCUUCAAAAGCCUGACCAAAUCCGCUAUCUGGUUAACCAGGGCUGCAUCAAGCCAUUGUGUGAUCUUCUUGCCUGCCCCGAUAACAAGAUUAUUCAGGUUGCACUUGAUGGUCUGGAGAAUAUUUUGAAGGUCGGAGAGAUGGACAAGGAUGCCGCUGGUGAAGGCCAGGAGAGCAUCAAUCGAUAUGCUCUGUUUAUCGAGGAGUGCCAAGGGAUGGAGAAGAUUCACGAGUGCCAGACCAAUGCCAACGAGGAGAUCUACAUGAAGGCGUACAACAUGAUCGAGAAGUACUUCUCUGAUGAAGAAGAGGCCGAAGAUAAUCUUCAGGCAGCCGCCGGCGGAGAAGAUGGCCGAUUUGGUUUUGGCAAAAAUCCCGCACCCGGCGGUGCUGGUUUUAAUUUUGCCAGCGCUAAUGGUGGCGAUUCCAUGGAUAUGUAG